GGUUUUCACUCUCUCACUACGGAUUCCUCAGCCGCCUCGGAAGUGUUCACCGUGUGAUGGUAAUCCAGUGCGCUCUGCUUUCCCCUUUCAAACUCCAAGUUUUAUAGGGGAAAAAAAUUCUCCCUUUUAUUCAGGCGGUGAAAGAACAACUAAACUAUAAUUUUGAUGUUGUAUCACAAUAACCAAAUACGGGGCGUUCUGGAACGCCUUAAUUAAGGUGGUUCGUGAGCGUUUAUAUCUGGUCACAUCCGGCUUCCAUAUAGUGUUCGGCGUUAUUUAUUACUUAAAGGAACAACUUGUGCGUCUAUACACGGAAAAUUACACGAUGAGAGAGCUCCUGGUCCUGGCAACCCUGGCCGUCGCCGCCUCCGCCAGGAUGGCGGGAAUGCUCCCAGGAGGCUCGGGCGCCCUGCAGUCAUCCUUCAGCUGCGCCGACCGACCCUUCGGCUACUACGCCGACGUGGAGCACGCCUGCAAGGCCUUCCACGUGUGCUACCCCGUCAUGGAGGAAGGCGGCACGCAGCUAAUGGAAACUGCGCACUUCACUUUCAUCUGCGGUCAGGACGCUGUCUUCAGUCAGGACUCUCUCACCUGCGCACACCCGACCGAGGCCUUCCCCUGCACCGACUCCACCGCCAUCUUCGAAGUCUCCAACGAAAAGUUUGGAGUAAUCCCGGAAGAGAAUCUGGCGCCGCUGGAGCGGUAGGCGUCUCUUCGGG